UUUAACUGCUGUGUAGCAUGGUAUGCACCCUUAGGCAUUGUAAUGUAUAUCAUUGUAAUACAGUAUCAUCUGCUGACAUCAUCUUCUCCAAUGUAUUUAAGCAAUUAUUGAUUAAUAAUGACCAAUUUUAUUUAAAAACUCUUCGGAAUAGAUUAAAUGCUAGAUAUCAGUCCCAGUGUACCAAGAAUACUAUUUUUUAAAUGUUUUCUUCCCAGUUUUAAAAGUUUGCUGCCUAACAAUUAAUUCAAAUGUUGUUAUUUUACUGCCCUGGGAAUGCUGUCAUCUUAUUCGGAAGAUACUACCUGAUAUCAGCACAAUUGUAGGAUCAAUGGAAGAGCACAACACAUCCUCUACAGACUUCGCUUUCAUGGGGCUGUUCGACAGAAAGGAAACCUCAGGUCUUCUUUUUGCCAUCAUCUCUAUCAUCUUCGUCACCGCACUGAGGGCCAAUGGGGUUAUGAUCUUCCUGAUCCAAACAGAUUUGCGCCUUCAUACACCCAUGUACUUCCUCCUCAGCCACCUUUCCUUAAUUGACAUGAUGUACAUUUCCACCAUUGUGCCUAAGAUGCUAAUUGAUUACCUGCUGGAUCAAAGGACCAUUUCCUUUGUGGGGUGCACAGCUCAACACUUCCUCUACCUUACCCUUGUGGGAGCUGAAUUCUUCCUGUUGGGCCUCAUGGCCUAUGACCGCUAUGUGGCCAUCUGCAACCCUCUGAGAUACCCUGUCCUCAUGAGCCGCCGAGUCUGUUGGAUGAUUAUAGCAGGUUCCUGGUUUGGGGGCUCUUUGGAUGGCUUCCUCCUAACUCCCAUCACCAUGAGCUUUCCCUUCUGCAAUUCCCGGGAGAUCAACCACUUCUUCUGUGAGGCUCCGGCAGUCCUGAAGUUGGCAUGUGCAGACACAGCCCUCUACGAGACAGUGAUGUACGUGUGCUGUGUUUUGAUGCUGCUGAUUCCUUUCUCUGUAGUCCUUGCUUCCUAUGCCCGAAUCCUGACCACAGUGCACCGCAUGAGCUCAGUGGAGGGCAGGAAGAAGGCCUUUGCCACUUGUUCAUCCCACGUGACUGUGGUGUCCUUGUUCUAUGGGGCUGCCAUGUACACCUAUAUGCUACCACACUCCUACCACACGCCUGCCCAGGACAGAGUCCUCUCUGUGUUUUACACAUUCUCACACCCUGCUGAACCCCUCACCUACAGCCUUAGAAACAAGGAUGUGACUGGAGCUCUGAAGAGGGCCUUGGGGAGGUUCAAAGGUCCUCAAAGGGUGUCAACAGGUGUCUUUUGAUAGUCGACUCCUUCCCAUGCGUGUGGUAAAUGGGAGACUCUGUGGUCACUGUGGCUGUGCUUUCAUUGAAAGAUGAAGCAAAAAGGGAGGGAGUGAUAUGAUUACCAUAUUGGUUUUUUGUCUAGGGUUUCUGGUUCAUAACUCCAUGGUUAUGUUCCAAUGUUGUGGUUCUUGAGGCCUCAGAAAACCGAAUCUCUCUCUGUGAUCUUUGCCUUCCCUCUUUUCACCUGCUUCUUUUUCUCCCCAAAGAAAACCUUAGAAACAAAAAAUAUAAUCCAAUCUUUGCCCACUUUUUAUCACAAAGAAAUUAUCUGACUACCUUGUCUGA